AUGGCGACGACCGAAGUCCAACCGCCCUCCUUGCACGAUAUAGACUCGUACGUGCCCAGGGGCCUGGUGCGCACGGGCACGCUCUUCAUCAUCGUCUACAGCAACUGCACAGCACUCCUCUUCAUCUUGCUAUCGACGAUGCUAUUCAGAUACUCUUUCUCCGAGGAGCGCAAACGCAAGCUUCCAAUCCUUGUAGUGCUCAGCUUGAGCAUGGUGCUGGGGCUAUUUGGCAGCAUACUGAAUACCGUAAGUUUGGCUGGUAGCACAAGGAAAAAGGAUUUUGGCCCUGUCUGCUAGGGUGCUGAUUUGAGAAAGGAUUACCUCCUCUUCCCGCUAGGUAUUCUGGGCGACCUUGCUACUGCGCGAUCGUGAUGAGGAUGGCACAGCCAUCAAUGCAGCUUCAUACUGUGCGUCUUCUUGCUGCUCCUUGUUCUCUCUGCUCUGUCCAUCCGCACUGACCAUUCCGCCCUUGUCUUCACCGCUUAUAGGGUGCUUGACCACAGCGAUGCUCUUCAUCACCCCCUUGGUAGCUCACGUAGCAGUCGUGCUUCGCAUCGUAUCCUUCUACCCGCCGAUGCUCGCUGGAGCACGCAAGCGCUUGCUCGUUAUCGCUCCGCCCAUGAUCCUCAAGUUUGCACGGGUACCUUUGUGAGUUGGCAUCGACUCAGUCCCUAUUGCUACUAAGCUCAUACUGACUGAAUCCUGACUCAUCCACGCAGCAUCGGACUGUACCUCCGCGAGGGAUACCAGAGCGUGGCAGCUAGAGGAGGCGCUGCCGCUUUCGACAAUGGUCUCUCGCAGACGUGGGACAAUAGAUGGCCCACCGUGGAGUUCGCCUUAACAGUGGUAGACUCCUUGUACUGCUUUGCUGUGCUCUUGCGUAAGUUCCAUCAGCUUGGCAACGAAACGCAGCACCAUCGCAACGCCCUGCUGGAUCGUCGUCGUAGCCGCGUCGUGGAUGCGAUUCAACAAUUCUUCGCCGGUGUUGGAUUCACCUUUGCGUUCCCGACUAUCUACAACAUCGCAGUUCUGACCUGCAUUGCGAUGCCGAGCUACCGAGUCUCGCCGACCAACAAUGGAUUCCUCUUGGUCAGCAACGUUUUCGUGCAGGUAUUUGGAGCCACUCUAGCUUGCACCAAUGCAUCCGCUCACUGGCGGGACGAUAGAUUCGUCAACGGCACUCCUGUCAGCAGAAACUCUUGGGCUGCCCGCGCGCAGUCCAUGGCGGACGUGGAAGGCGGCUUUGCGUCCACGAGGAGACCACCCAAACCUGUGCUCAUCACGCCCAAUAUUGACACGCCGUCCGAAAUGGUACAGUCGAGCUUUGGAGGCAACCCCUUCGAACGAGCGCUUGCAAGGAUGCGUUCGCGCAAUUUCGAAGGGCAUGAGGCCGUCAGCAGGGUUGCCACCAGACAACGCGAGGAUGAAGGGGCGGAGCUGAGAAAGGUCCUCUCGCAGUAUUCUGGACCGGCUGUCGCGCACGCGGCUGUUGACGCUGGGCGUUGGGAGGGAAAUGCCACAGGCCGUCGACCCAGGACUGGCGACUCUGAUCACACCUUGUUCGGAGCAUCGCCGUCCAGGCGUGGAUCAGCUUGCAAGACUUCCUCCCCGCCAAAGACGAGCCCGGCUCUGGCACAAGACGCGAGUCCCAAUGGUGCUGUCGCCUCACUCCGUCUUGACUCGCGAAGACCAAGCGAGUCAACCCUGUUCGGCAGUCCCAGCAAAGCUAGCACCGGCGAACCGGCUGUUGGCGAGCCGCCGUUCCAGCCUACCCUUCCUCCAACGAGAUCAAGCGACCUUGCCAGCUCCGAUGUGCAAGAGUUGCAACGCGAAAGCAACGAGCGAUCCGUCAUGCCUCGCACCUCGACUAGCUAG